AUGGAAAACGAAAUCGCACCGUUUACUUAUAGCGGCGGAGCCACUGGGAUCAUGAACUCUCACGGAGAACCGUCCUGUGACCAGCUCUACCACUCCAACCGCAAUGUGAUGCAGCAGCGAUGCCAAGAUAUGGUGAAUCGAGAGGCACUGUGUUACACGCGCCUCCACGAGGCAUCUCUGGAAGCGGAAGCGCUCCAUCUAGAGAACACCGAGCUCCGAUCUUUGAACCUCCACCUUAAGAAAUAG